AUCAUCUGUCGUUAGUAUUAAUCACUCAGCUUUUUUUGAUCAUAUAUUUAGUCAUGAAAACUUUUCUGAUUGCAGUUCUUUGCUUCGGCUUAAGUCAAGCUAAGCCUCAAUACAACUACCCCGCUCCUGCCGCUCCUUCACCACCCAGAACCUCCUAUGGAUCGCCGAGUUCCGCUAUUAAUUUUGGAGGAUCAAGCUCUUUUGCCGGAGGUACCUCUGGAUCUUCAUCAAUCUCCGGCGGUUCAGUAGGAGGAUUUUCGGGCAGUGGAGUUUCAGCUGAUUCUUUCGGAACUGGUUUUGGAACUGGAUCCGGCGUAAAUAUCGGAGGUGCAGCCGGUGGUACCGUUCAAGUUCAGAAACACAUCUACGUUCAUGUAGCUCCCCCGGAACCUGAAGAGACUAGGCAAGCUGCAGCCAUUCCAGCAGCACAAUCCACAAAACACUACAAAAUCAUCUUUAUCAAGGCACCAUCUUACUCCACGUAUCAACAACAGCUCUUACAACAACAAGCCCAAAGUGAAGAAAAGACCUUGGUUUACGUUUUAGUCAAAAAACCAGAAGAUCAAACUGAUAUUACCAUACCUACCGCCGCUCCAACUCAACCCAGCAAACCAGAGGUUUACUUUAUCAAAUACAAGGCUCGAUCCGAAGCUGUUGGUGGUGCUGCUGCUGCAGGUACUGCUUCCGUAAGCGGUUCUACGGGUGCUGCUACUGGUGGUAUUGCCAUUGGAGGAUCCUCAACGAGUUCAGCGACAAGACCAACUUACGGUGUCCCGGCGCAAAGUGGACCAUAUUAGUGAAAUAUUUUUUAGAAUUUCAUUUUGUUUCUUGAAUAUAUAGUAAAGUUAGUUUUUAUUUAUUAUACAAACGUCGUGAGAUGCAAAUGACUUGUGACUGACUGUGAGUUAAAAUCUACACUCAAAAAAC